AUGACAGGUCUAUUUCGAUCUUUAAGUCAACGUUUUCGACGUUCAAAAAGGCAUUACCAUCCAGGUGGAGACGCUGCUGGGACGAGCGAAUAUCAACAGGGAUUUGACCAACCAGAGAUGAAUUCUCGAAAGCAUUGUCAGUGUAAAGUGUUGUUGCUUGAUGGUACGGAUAUGAAUAUUGUGAUUCCGAAAAAUGCUCCGGGUCGGGAACUAUACGAUCAAGUAUUUUAUGCGCUAGAUUUAGAAGAGCGAGAUUAUUUUGGUUUGCAGUUUAUGGACCACUAUCAUGUGCAGCAUUGGUUGGAUCCGGUAAAACGAAUUAAUAAGCAAGUACCAAUCGGCCCGCCUUACACAUUUCGGUUUAGAGUAAAAUUCUAUUCUUCGGAACCAAAUAAUUUGCGCGAGGAAUUAACAAGGUACCAGUUCUUUCUGCAGCUGAAACAGGAUAUUCAGACUGGAAAAUUAGAAUGUCCCAAAGAUACAGCUAUUGAACUUGCUGCCUUUGCCCUGCAGUCAGAACUUGGUGAUUAUAACUCUGUGGAACACACACUGGCUGUAAUUUCGGAAUUUAGAUUUCAUCCCGCACAGGAUGAAGAAAUGGAAAUUGCGAUUUUGGAAAAAUUCAUCACUUGUCGAGGACAGUCACCAGCUACAGCUGAAAUAAAUUAUUUGAAUAAAGCAAAAUGGAUAGAACUGUAUGGUGUUGAUAUGCAUACUGUUGAAGGGAAAGAUGGCAACUUAUACAGCUUGGGCUUAACACCCACUGGUAUGCUAGUAUUUGAUGGUGUCCAAAAGAUUGGUUUAUUUUUAUGGGAAAAAAUCCAGAAACUUGAUUUCAAAAAUCGAAAAAUCACUCUUGUCGUAGAAGAGGACGCCGAUCAGGCUAGUGGACAAGUACAACUACAUACAUUUGUGUUCAAUCUGUCAUCUCAUAAAGCUUGCAAACACUUAUGGAAAUGUGCUAUUGAACAUCACACAUUUUUCCGGCUCAAAUACCACAAGCCGCGAAUCGCUAAAACAUCGCAACUGUUCCGAUUAGGUAGCACAUUUCGGUAUAGAGGUCGAACGGAAUACGAAAAUGUACAUAAAGAUGGUGGGCGGCUUUCUCGUCGACAAUCAGCCACGUUUGAGAGACGGCCAUCUCAGCGAUACGGUCCAAGGCAGAGCCUGAUGAACAAAAGAAUACAACUUCGAAACGAUUUCAAAAAACAGAUUGGUGUUUCCGUAGGAUUACCAGUAUCAGUUCCUAUUUCCCUUGAAGAAUCGUGCAUUGCUGCAAACAGUGAUACGCCUAUGUUGAAUAAUAAUGGUAUUGCAAGCAAUGAUAAUAGAAGCGCUAUUAAUGUUUACGUGAAUUCAUCCGGAACCGAUACGUUGUUCGACAGGAUAACUACAGCGCAGAACGUAAUAAGUAAUGAACAAAUUAAUGAUAUCAGAAAGCUCGAUAAAUCACCGUCUAUUUCAAGAAAGCACUAUAGUUCAACAAAAGAUCUUGCACAUUCCAGAUUCACUCCACUACAAUUCAUAGAUGGUAUAAAGAAAUCGGAAGUUGUUGACACGAACUUAAACAUGGAUCAUGAGCUUGUACCUCGAUGGUCAGAGUUGCCAACAUCAACGGGAUCAGUAACAGCCACAAUCCAACAACCCGCGACUAGUCAUGUUACAAGAAUCGCCAUCACUAACAAUGGCUCUCAACCUAUAAACAAUAGCAAUAAUACGUCACCACUGGAACAUAUUCUGCCUGUUUCUACUGCUGCACCAAAUACUCAACAAUCGCUUAUCUCAAAAAAUGUCUCAGAAAAUAGUUCUGGAAUGAAAUCUUCCGGAUUGUCAAUUUCCAGUCCAACUAAUCCAGCAGGGAUUUGUAAGACUUCACCCAGCAAAACAUAUGCCGGAUCGCUAAUCCGUCCACCGCUUUCUUCUAUGACUAUGACAUCUUUGAAUCAAACUUUCGUAGUCUCGCCAGCAAAAGAAGAUUUCCAAAAUUCCACUAUAAUCAAUGGAAAUGCUCAUCCCACUAUAACCAGCAGUUAUUCUUCCAUCCAACAUUCAUCCGUAACAAAUAGUCAAAAUGCAGUGUCGAAUACGAUUUCUGCUACACUCUUAUCCUCUGAGGGAGUUAGGACUGGUAUUUUUACGACAAAUGAUCGUAAACUGUUUAGGCAAACUGAAUACGACAUUAGGUCUGACAAAAAUAAUACAGCUUCUGCUAGCCGCCUACCGGAACUACAAUCACGUAUACCACAUUUGCGCACAACAAAAUGCUCCGGUACAACUGUAAUGAGAAAAAUAUGCAUUCCUUCUGAGUCAGCAAUGCAAACCUCGACAUUGAGCUUUGAACCUGUUGAAGCAGUUGCUGACAAGGCAUAUCGGUCUCGACUACCGGUGAGAAGUGGUCAUGCUAGUGGCAGUUCGAUGACAGCUUCUAAUACACAUGAGCCUAGGACUUCUACUUGCGAUGAGAAGAUAUCACAAAGUCGAAUACCCGUAAUGGCUAGCAGUAUACAUCGACCACAUUCUCAUACGCAAUUUACUAGCCAAAUGGUAAAACCUGAAGUAUCGACAACAUGUGCUAUGAUGGCAUCAACAAAUAGUCGAAUGAUCACUGAUUUAUGA